AUGGCCAUGCACGCGGCGAUCCUCUUCUUGGCGCUGGCGGCGCUCGGCGGCGGCGCCGACGGCUGCGUCCCGGGCGAGCGCGCCGCGCUGCUCGACGUGAAGCGUGGCUUCACCAGCGACCCGGACGGCGCGCUCUCCUCGUGGACGGGCCUGCGCCCGGACUGCUGCCGGUGGAGCGGCGUCGUCUGCGACAACGUCACGGGCCGCGUCGCGGAGCUCCGGCUCCGCAACGCGCUCGCCGACGGCGGGAGCACCGGGCUCAGCGGCGAGAUCAGCCCCGCGCUGCUCCGCCUCCCGCGCCUCAGCGGCGGCGGCGUGGCGCCGCCGCCGCCGCUCCCGCGGUUCCUCGGCUCGCUCUCGGCCCUCCGGUACCUCAACCUCUCCUCCACGGACGUCGCCGGCGAGGUCCCGCCGCAGCUCGGCAACCUGUCCCGGCUGGUCACCCUCGACCUCAGCUCCCUCUCCGGCCUCCACUCCGGCGACCUCUCCUGGCUCGCCGGCCUGUCCUCUCUGGAGUACCUCGACAUGGGGUCGGUGAACCUCAACGCGUCCGUCGGCUGGGUGCGCGCCGUCAGCAUGCUCCCGUCUCUGCGCGUCCUCUCCUUGCCUCUGUGCGGGCUCACGACGUCGCCGUCGUCGUCGUCGCCGGCGAACCUGACACGGCUCCAGAGGUUCGACUUCUCCUCCAACGCAAUCAACGCCUCGACCGUGGACGCCUGGUUCUGGAACGUGCCGACCCUCACGUACCUCGACCUCUCCGGCAACUCGCUGUCCAGCCCGUUACCCGACGCCAUCGGCAACAUGACCGGCCUCCAUGUGCUCAACCUCGACGGCAAUGGCAUGGUCGGCAUGAUCCCCGCGACGCUGCAGCGCCUCUGCAGCCUGCAGGUGCUGGACGUGACGGUGAACCAGAUCGGCGGCGACAUGGCGGAGUUCAUGGACAGGCUCCCCCGCUGCGCGCUGGGGGACGUCCGGGUGCUGCAGCUGUCGGCAGCCAACGUAUCCGGACGUCUGCCGGAGUGGAUCGGCGACAUGGCUCAGCUGACAGACCUUGACCUCUCCUUCAACAAUCUUGCAGGAGAGAUACCCCAAGGAAUUGGCAAGCUCUCAAAGCUCACCAGGCUCUUCCUGAACAAGAACAACCUGAAUGGCAGCUUGUUGGAAGCCCACUUUGUGAACCUGGUGAGCCUGGAGUGGAUCGACUUGUCGCAGAACUCGAUGUCGAUGGAGAUCAGGCCCAGCUGGAAGCCUCCUUGCAAAUUGGUGUAUGCUUACUUCCCUGAUGUCAGGAUGGGUCCACAGUUCCCAGCAUGGAUCAUGCACCAGCCAGACAUCAAGUACUUGGACAUCUCCCAUUCAGGUAUAGUGGACAGACUGCCACAGUGGUUCUGGAAGUCCUUUUCAGAUGCAGUUUACCUGAACAUCUCGGUGAACCAGAUCAAUGGAAGGUUGCCAUCCUCUCUGAGAUUUAUGAACUCUUCACUUACAAUAUAUCUCGGAGCGAAUAACCUCACUGGCUCUGUGCCACUGUUACCGGAGAAGCUGCUUGUAUUGGAUCUCUCAAGGAACUCUUUAUCUGGCUCAAUCCCAUCAGAGUUUGGAGCUCCUGAAUUGGUGGAGCUGGAUGUCUCCUCCAAUAGGAUCAAUUGA